AAUACCGCUCCUCUCUCCCCGUCCGUUCCUCCCUCCCUCUCAAACCUCGGACAGAGGAAGCUAUAUUCAAAAUGUCUUCCUCGGAGGUAUACACAGCCAGCACCACCGCCCCCGUCAACAUCGCCGUAAUCAAGUACUGGGGCAAGCGCGACCCAAAACUCAACCUCCCCACCAACUCGUCCCUCAGCGUCACCCUCGCUCAAUCCGACCUGCGCACCCACACCACCGCCUCCUGCAGCCCUUCCUACCCACCUCAGGACUCCCUCCUCCUCAACGGCUCCGAGCAAGAUGUCUCCGGCCCCCGCACCCAGGCGUGCUUCCGCGAACUCCGCGCCCUGAGGAAGCAGCUCGAAGAUGCGAACCCGGAGCUCCCCAAGCUGUCGAGCCUCCCGCUUAAGAUUGUCAGUGAGAAUAACUUUCCCACUGCAGCUGGUCUGGCGUCGUCGGCGGCAGGCUUCGCCGCUCUCGUCCGCGCAAUUGCGAAUCUCUACGAAUUGCCCUCCUCGCCGACAGAUCUGUCGCGUAUCGCGCGCCAGGGCUCCGGUUCAGCCUGCCGCUCCCUAUUCGGAGGAUACGUAGGCUGGGAACAAGGUUCUGCAGCCGAUGGCUCCGACAGCGUCGCCUUCCAGGUCGCGCCCGCCUCGCACUGGCCACAAAUGCGCGCUCUCAUUCUUGUAGUGUCUGCCGCGAAAAAGGGCGUCUCGAGUACCACGGGUAUGCAAACCACGGUAGCAACCUCCUCUUUAUUCCCCGCCCGUGCAAACGAGACUGUGCCCAGGAGAAUGAAGGAGAUGAUCUCGGCGAUUGAGAACCGGGAUUUCGAAGCCUUUGGCAAGUUGACCAUGAUGGAUAGCAAUUCCUUCCAUGCUACGUGCUUGGACACGUACCCGCCCAUCUUCUACCUCAAUGAUGUGAGCAGGGCGGCUAUCAAGGUGGUGGAAGCGAUUAAUAAGAAGGCGGGCAGGAUUGUGGCGGCCUAUACGUUUGACGCGGGGCCGAAUGCUGUCGUUUAUUAUCUUGAGGAGAGGGAGAAGGAGGUUGCCGGUUUGUUCAAGGCGGUGUUGGGGGAGAAGGAUGGAUGGCAGGGUGAGAGAGGCGAGAGGGUGCAGAGGGAUGCGGAAGGGUUGGAGCACAUCAGGGAAGAAGCGGGCGUGGCAUUGGAGUUGCUGAAGGAGGGUGUAAGCAGGGUCAUCCUCACGGGAGUGGGAGAGGGACCCAUCAAGACGGACCAGCAUUUGAUCUGAGCAAGCAAGCGUCUCUUGUGAUGUAAAAGGAAGAACUGUGGUAUCCAACUAGCGUGCUCCUGAAAAAGUAGCCCCUUAGCCAAGAACAAGAAUAAUAUAUAGACAUUGACACACCC